UAGGAACAACUGUUGUCAUGUCAAAACCUCUGAAUGUGUCAACUCCAACUUCUAACUCCAAAACCACUAUCAACUCCCGUUCCAUCAACGCGCCAACGACGCCAACAGAACCCCCAACAAACAACGCAGAAUUAACCAGCGCUCCAACACCCUUGACGCGUCCGGAAGAUGCGACAAGCCCACAUGAGCUCACCGCUUUUGUGGAAUCGAUGCUGACACAGCUGGAAAGCCGGUUUGACGAGAUGUCAGGUCAAAUCAUAGAUCGGAUGAGCCAAAUGUCCUCACGGGUGGACGCCCUUGAGAACGCCAUCCAUGACCUCAUUAAUGGGGACCUUGCGGUUCCGCCAACGCCGGGGGCCCCAGUAGCAGUAAACGGUGGGCCAACGGCAAGACAGAUCAGUUCGGACAGCAUAGAUAAAACCUAGUCUCAAUUGAGCAGGGCGCGCACGAUGCA